AACACGGAAAGUUUGAAUUAAUUCUUACUUCAAAGAUUAUGCACUUAACGACCAAAUGCGAUGGGGACAACACAUUUUAGUAAAAACAUGAAGCAGCUGCAAUUUCAGUGGGUCCAAGGGAACAAAAGUGGCGGUUCAAUGAAUAUGAGUGACCUUUUUCUCCAGUGGUUGGACAGCGGUGAAUACUCCGACUGUACUGUGGUGGUGGGUUUAAAUGGUCAUCAGAAAAAGUCGUUCAAGUGCCACCGAUUGAUCUUGGCUACUGCUAGUCCAAUCUUUGCGGAAAUGCUAAAAGACCAGGCGGACCAGAAAAUUGAGCUGACAAACUGCUCACCUGAAAAUUUUGAUUUGAUUUUGAGGUUCAUCUACGGAGGGCAGAAUAAAAUAAUAGAGAGAUGCAAAAACUUUUAUAGUGGAAAGUUUAUCUUUGAUUUUGCGGUGCAGUGGAAAAUCGAGAAAUUAGCUGAGCAGGUCGGCACGACAAUUAUUCAGUAUGGAGAUUUCGAUGAUCAUGUUGAUCGUUUGCUUAGCUGGCAUGGUAUACUUGUGAAGCACAAUCUCAACGAGCAAGCAGACACUGUCCUCAAGAUGUUGCUCAGUCGAGGUGCAGAACUUUGCUUCUAUUUGGAAACGGCCUGCAGAGAAACUGUGGAAGCCCUGCUGAAGUCCGACCGAUUGAACAUCAUCAGCGAGAAGGAACUCUUCAAUGGUUUGGAGUUUUGGGCCUUGAGCCAAGUGCCUCCGGGAAAUGAUUCCUCUGCAAGAAAGGCAGCCGCCAGAGAGAUUUUAGGCACGAUGAUGGGCCUCAUUCAUUUUGGAUCGUUAAGCAUGGAAGACUUGGCCUUGAUUUGCCGUAGCAGCUCUACGCUGAGUGCCGAGGAAAAGGUUGCCCUCUUUGUCCACAAGCAGCUCAACAUAAAAGACCCUGUGCUGGAAGACUUUGACCUCACUUCACCCUGGCGAGGAUACUACAAGAGGAACACUUUCGUGGUCAAACUGGAAGACAAUCUUUGUACAGAUUUUGAACUGAUUUGCUUCAAAGAGAAAUCCUUCGAGCUCAAAUUUGAGGUUAGCUCACCGGUUUACCUGCUGGCAGUGGAAGCGCUCGGUGCACAUUAUUUAAAAACUGGUGAAUAUCUAGAUUUGGAAGUAAAUUUGACAACAACUGAAAAAGUCAAGACAAAAGGAUACUUAGAAUACUAUAAAACUGUAACACCUGAUGACUGCAAAGUCACACUGACCAACCCUACGCUACUGGACAGCAGAGCACCGUACACUCUGGUUUUGAAGCACCGCGGCCAGGUGGUGGUGCCAAAAAUGUUGGAACAGAAAGACCAACAGCAGCAGGUGACGCAAAAAGUUGUUACUGCCGAAGGGCUUGAAUUUACUUACCUCCCUGAGCAUAGUGAUGUCUGUGCUCUUGUAUUUGGUUGGCCAAAUGAGUAGCAUGUCAAUUUUUGGAGAUAAAACAAGUUUUUUUAAUUUGAUUUAAACUAUCUGAUGAAAGUAUU